AUGUCCACCGAUUCUAUUGUUAAGGCUUCUAACUGGAGAUUGGUUGAAGUUGGCCGUGUUGUUUUGAUCAACAAAGGCCCAUCAGCCGGUAAAUUAGCUACCAUCGUCGAAAUUAUCGAUCAAAAGAAGGUUUUGAUCGAUGGUCCAGUUGCUGGUGUCCCAAGACAAUCUAUUAACUUAGGUCAAGUUGUCUUAACUCCACUAACCUUUGCUUUACCAAGAGGUGCUAGAACUUCUAUUGUUGCCAAGAAAUGGGCCGCUGCUGGUGUUUGUGAAAAAUGGCACUCAUCCUCUUGGGCUAAGAAGAUUGCUCAACGUAAGAGACGUGCUGCUUUGACCGACUUUGAAAGAUUCCAAGUUAUGGUCUUAAGAAAGCAAAAGAGAUACAAUGUUAAGAAGACUUUGGCUAAGGCUUAA